AAAAUUUAUUUGAUAAAAUGUACCUUUCAUUAAGAACUUAAGGAAGAUUAGCAAAUCUAAUUAUUACAAUUGCUGAAGGAGAAAAAAAGACUGAAAUAGCCAGAUAAAUAUUAGCUGAGUAAAAAAUGUUCGAACCAUACACAGCUUUUAGAAGAUUAGAUUAAUUAAGAUCAGGUGAGUUAACUGUAGCAGAUAUCACAGACUUUUUGGCAGACAAUAAGAUCUUCCCAACAUAAUCUCAAAUUGAAUAUUUAUUUAGAAGAUUGGAUUUGAAUCAUGACAGCAAAAUUACAUACCCAGAGUAAUUUUUAUUGAAUAAAAAAUAGUUUUGUUAAAGCCAUUUUACCAAAGGAAGACUCUAGAUUGAGACAGAUUGCUUCAUUAAGAGAUAGCUACUACAUUGAAGUAAAUAUGCUUCUACCAACAGAAGUUGAAUGGGGACUUUCACGAGUGCUUUAAUAAGAGGUAUAAAAUUUCAAGUAAGUAUAAAAAAAAUAAUAAUUUUUUCAUUAGUUCAAUCAUAGCCGCAUCAGAAAUUUUGACUAAUAGUGUAGAUUUCACAUCUUUAGAUGCUUUUAGGUGCAUAGAUUAACUUUAUAUUGGAUAUAUUACGAUCGAUAGGUAUCUUAUGAAUAUAUAUUAAUAGCUUGCAAUCUUUUUUAAGGGCUAAUGGUGCUAAAUUAACUUUUGAUGAAUUAUAAGCUUUCUUUAGAGUUGUAGAUUCUGAUGAAGAUGGUAGAAUCACUUAUUCAGAAUUGCUUGAGGCUAUUACUUUAGUUCCUGACUAUUUUUAAAAAGAAAGGCAAAUUGUGCAUGAAUUAAGAAGAAGUAGAGAAAGAAUAACCCAACUGGAAAAAGAGAGAGAAGUUUUAGAUGAUUUAUAAAGAAGCAGAGAGAGAGUUGAUGAUUUAAGAAGAAGCAGAGAGAGAUUAGAACAAUAUCAAGAUUUAUAAAGAAGUAGAGAGAGGCUUGAAGAUUUAAAAAAAAGUAGAGAAAGAUUGGAUGAUUUGAGAAGAAGCAGAGAGAGGUUAAAUUAAUUAGAGGAAUUAUAAAGAAGCAGAUAAAGAAUAGAAUAAUUAGAAGAUUUGAAAAAGAGUAGAGAUAGAUAAGCAUAGAUUGAAGAAUUAAAAAGAAGUAGAGAAAGGCUGGAUGAUUUAAGAAGAAAUAGAGAAAGACUUGAAUAAUUAGAGUAGGAAAGAAAAAGCAAUGAAUAAUUGGAGGAGCUUAGAAAAUCAAGAAGUAGAAUUGAAGAAUUGUAAAAGUAAAGGAGUAGAAUAGAAGAAUUGAGAACAAGCUAAGAAAGGUUAGAUGCAUUAAAGAGAAAUAGAGAAGAUUUAGAAUUGAGAAGAAGUUAGGAGAGACUAAAUGAAUUGAAGAAGAGUAGAGAAAGAUUGGAACAAAUUGAGGCUUUAAGAUAGAGCAGAGAAUAAUAAAGAGCGUUAGAUGAACUAAGAUAAAGUAGAGAAAGAUUAGAAUAAUUGAGAGUGUCAUAAAAUAGAAUAGAUUUAUUAGAAAAUGAGAGAAAAGCAUUAUAAAGAAGCAGAUAAUUAGAAAGAGAGAUUGGAUAUGAGAGAUAAAGAAGUAGGGAAAGAUUGGAAAUAUUGGAAUUAGAAGCUUAAUUAGAAAGAGAAAGGGAAAGAGCUUUAGAAUAGGAAAUAGUGACACAAAGCAAGAUUGUGCAAAGUAGAAUCUAUGAUACCCCUUAGAGAUUUUAUUGAUUAUUGAG